GAGCGCGCGGUUACGUGCAACUCGGCUACAGAUCGGUUGCACUUUAAUCGGGUUCUUAACUUGUAUUUUUCGAAAGGAACCGCAAACCCUACGAAUAUGAUAGUCUAGUGAAUCGCGUAGUUAGCUUCCAAUUGUCUUGUGUUUUUUUUUAGUUUAGUCAAGUGCAUUGUCAAACGGCAUCUGUUCAAAAUUUACGUAAAUCUUUUUACUCCCAACAUAACCUCGUUGUCUUUGUGUGUUUGAAUUGAAAACAAAUAAACCCGAAAUAGACAAAAAUAUAAAGUAUUUUGUGGCAGACAGCUAUCAACAAUAUGUAUGAGUGAAAUUGACAGUGGCAAAUGUCUCAGAAUUGGGCCACUGAUAAUGACCGAAUUGGCCAAGUUGAGUGCAUGAAGAGCAGCAACAGACAAAAUGAAUCUCUAUACAAUAUACGACUGGAUUACAUCAUUGCUACGCACUCGCAGUGGCAGCGCCUUCUACAAAGCAAUCGAGGAGCCAGAACAGGCGGAGGAGGAAGAUCUCGAGGCAGCCACAACAGCAAUCACAGCUGGUUUAGCUGCCCGUCGCUGCAGUGCGCAACAUGUUGAGGUCGAGUUCAUACCAACAUUAGAUUUCGUAUUCCAAAAAGCGCCGCCAGCAGCAGCAACAGCAGCGAGCACAAGCGACGAGCAAUCGCAACAUGUUGCCGCUGAGAUAUCAGCAACAUGCGAUGAUAAUGUUGACACAAGCAAUGAUGAUGAUAAUGACAAUGCCUCGACGCACACGUACAUAAUCUCACGAAGCAGCUUUACAGCAAUAACAACAAGUGGAAGUGGGACAAUCUCGAGCAGCACGCCAUACGCGGUUACAUCAACUGACACCGCAGAGUUGUUGCGGCAACAGAAUCAACUCAGUCUCACCGAGGACGAGCAGACAAUCUCGUCGUUUAGCAUUGAGCCACCGACUAGUUCCAUGACCAUUGACAUGGCGGAGCCACAACAGACAAGAACAACAGCAACCACAACAACCACGACGACGAGAAGUGAGGCAACGAGCAGUGGCGAUGUGUUGGCUGCCAAUACCACAACAACAACGACCACGACGAGCAGCAGCAUAGAGGAAGACAUUGAGGAGGCGAUUGACUUGAGUGAAGUGGAGGAGGAGUUGCUGCAGUCCAACAUUGAAUCGCUGUCUGGGGCAGCGAAGCCAUCGCAACAAAGUGCCAAAGUGGACGAGAGCAGCGAGGAGGCGGAACAGUUUCGCAUUGAUGAUGCACAGCUCUCGGGUGGACAGUUGGCACAACACUUCCUUGUGGAUGACGACGAGAGUGACGAGUUAGAUGUGGCGCCAAGGGAACACACAGUGCUUUCUGAGGAGCAUGAAGAGCAGCUGGGCGAUGAAGAGGAGCAAGAAGAUGAUGAGGAAGAUGAGGAUGACGAUGACUUUGACAUAAGUUUGCCUUUGGAGCAGCGCAAAGUGGUGCACUCGCGACACGAGGACAACCUGGAGUUGCCAGCAGGCGAGGCAGACGCAAGUCUUAGCAAUCAAAGCACCACCGAUGAUGUGUCCGACUUUGGCGAUGAGCCGCAGCAUGCAACGGCCACGGAGACGGAAGAGCAGCUGGCCAGCGAGAGUGUGGCACAGACAGCCAACUCGCAGGAGCCGGAAGAGCAGUCAAAGCUGGAGCCAAGUGAGCUGGAGCAACAGGAGCCAGAGCAGCAACCAAGCGAGGCGCAACUGGAGCCAGAUCAAAGUGAUCUGGAUGCUCACAGCGAACAAGAUCAUUCGCUAGAAGAAAUCAUGGCCACAAACGAAUCUGUAGAGAUCACCUAUGAUCCCGAGGAAGCCGCUGUCAGCAGUUCCAUGCACUCCACAUCGCCUAAUAUUGGCAUGGUGACAGAUCUGGAUGUUGUCGAGGAGGAAGAGGUGAAAACGUUCCAGCUGCCACAAUUGAAGAGGCCGCAAAUCAUCGAACGCAAGCAUGCAACAAUGCUGGAAACGUUGCAGCUGCAGCCAGAGCAACCAUUAGAGUUGACUAUCCUAGAUAUGGACGAGGACGAUGAAGAUGCCGCCGAGGAAUGUUCGUUGCAGCUGAUGAAGUUGCGCCUGAUGGCCAUGCAUCAGCAAACGUUGGCCGAGAGUGCGGGCAAAACAUCGCCCACCGAAUCAGCCAAUUCUAAUGAGAAUCCCGCUAGCGGCGAACUGAAGCAAAUGGAGCGAGUGGCGCUGCCCGAGUUCAGCAAGGAUGUGCUGGAAGAUAUUACGGAGGAGAGCGAACGUCAGCUGUCGCUCAGCACCGUCGAGGAGCCGCAGUCGUUGUCGAUGGAGGAGUCCAAGACGCUGCAGGCUGGCAAACCGGGCAGCAGCUCCAGUGUGGUCAGUCUGAAUAUGCUGAAGCAGCUGGAGGCGAAGGUGCACGAUCUAUACACACAGCUGGAGACGAAAGACAGCUGCCUAAACUCGCUAAAUUUGCAGCUGGAGGCAGCACGUCGCGAAUCCAAUACGGGAGGUUCUGUGUCGGCACGUGACAGCAGCUCGUUGGUCACCAAUUCGACGGAGUAUCGCACAUUUCAGGAUGAGUUUGGCGCACCCACUCUUGAUAUCUAUGUGGAGCUGUCGCGACGGGAUGAAAUCAUUGCCAAGCUCACCGAAUCCCUGCAGCACUCGCUGAAUGUGCGUGGCCAGCUGCAGACGGAUGCAGAGCGUCUGGGCGGCGAGGUGCAGACGCUGCGCAAGCAACUCCACGAGGCCAUCGACACGGUAAAGCGCACAAGCGGCGCCUGGCAUGAUCAGGACCAUGGGCAACGCAUCUCCGAGAUAUCCAUGGAUUUGAUUAGCGAAAGCGACGAUGAUUUUGAUCGCAAUUAUCUUAAUGACCCCGAAGAGCGUGCAUCACGAAGCUCGAGGGAGAGACAGCUUUCGGUUCCACGACAGUCCACGUCAGUCGAGGAUCUGGGCGUCCAGCCCUUAGCACCCGAGUGGCCAGCUGCCUUCAGCAAGCAGAUCGAACAGUUCCAAAAGUGUCUGCUACCCGGCGAAAUGCGUCCAUUCCUGAUGGUGCAGCGCAAGUUCGAUGACUUCCUGUCGCAGCAAUUGUUGCAGUGUCGCGAGCAAUCGGAGAAGGAGCAUAAACUCAAUCGGGAUCGAUGGGAGAGCGAGAAACUCAUUAGCGAACAGACCCAACAGGCAGCGCACACCAAGGAAAUGGAGGAACUGCGCAAGUACUUCGAACAUCGCUGUGCAGAUCUCGAAAAACAGUUCUCCGAUGAUGUGUUCUCGCACAAGUCGCAGCAUUUGGGUGGCGACAGCUCAUCUGAGUGCUCUGAGGUGGAGCAGCUGCCCGAGGAGGUGGCGUCCAAGGAGCCUUCGCCACGCAAGCGAAAACGCGCUGAGCUGCUGCUGAGUCCCAGUCAUCGACAGUUAACUCCUAGCGGUGUUGAGUCCCUGGAGACUGCAAAGGAUAGCAAAGAUCAUUCGCGUGAGGUUGCCGAUCUAAAGGUGUUCUAUCAGACGCACAUUCACGAGCUGAAACGCGCCAACGAGGAUCAGGUUCGCAAGCUGACCGAUCGCCUGCGAUUCUACGAGCGUCGUCAGGCGGAUGAUGAUUACCUGUCAACAACACCCAAAUCACCGCUUACCUGCCCAGCCAACGAAGAGGAGGCGCCGCCAACGCCUGCCCAGAAUCCGAAUGCGUCGCUAAUCAUAAUCGACGAGGACGAACUGAAUUUGAAUAACGAAUCGCAAGUGAUACAGCGCAUCAUCGAGGAGUAUGAGCGUCGCCUGCAAGAGCAAUUGGCGUUGGCACGCCAGGACAUUGCCACCGAGCUGGAGCAGCAGAUACAGAAUUUGCUGUCGGAAAGUCCAGUGGACGAUCACAACUGGCCAAAGGAGCUGAUUUUGCUGCGUGAGAAGUUUACAGCAAAGAGUCAAUUGGAGAUAACACAACUGAACAUCAAACAUGCUGAAGAGAUGUCACGGAUGAAGCUGGAAUACGAAAAACAACUCAGCCGCAAGACCAAGCGGCACCUCACCUUCGAUUCUGGUCGUGACUUGGAGAACAUCAUCAACGAGCGCGAUGGCUUGCGGGAGUUGUCAAAGAGUUUCCGCAGCGUGCUCUGCCGUUUGGCCAAGUGCGUGGCCAACUGCGAGGAUGAUUUAAAUGCCACACUAUCCGAGGAAGUGCAGCGCAUUCUGGCCCAAAGUCGCAAUCAAGAAGGCGGCGAGGAUUUGGAGCAAACACUCAGCAGUUCACUGCUGCAGGGUUCGCUUAAUGCCACAAAACAGUUGCGACUCGUGCCUGAUGUGCACAGUCUGCUGGAGGUUGUAGAAGAUCCCAGUCUUGUGCAAUUCAUUGACAACAAAAGUCCAGACGAUAAUAACGAUGACUUUGACUUGGGUGAUUGCUUAGAACGCUUGAAAUCCGAGGCUGCAUAUUUGCUGCAAUUAUCUGAGGAUCUAGAUAAACAUGGCAAUGAAUCGGGAGAUCCAUUGGAUGAGCCCGAGAAACAGGAGCACGAAGUAUGCUGCGAAGCUGAAAAUGGCUUAAAAACAACAGCGCCAUUGCUGGCAGCACAACAACAGCUGUUGCACAAGCUGCUGCGCACCAAUUCCUUGAAUGAUCAGCAUCUUGGUGUGGCUCAUCAGCGCAAGACCUCUCAAGGUGUGCUGCCCAGCAAGCCACUUUGUUCUCUGCCCAUCGAUCUGCAGCAGAAUUCAGGCAAUGCCUCCGAGUUAAGCUUCCAGCUGGUGGAGUUAAAGAAUCGUCUUAUCAAAUCGGAAACAGAUCGCCAAAAGUUGCAACAACAGCUGACCCACACCAUCGAUCGCAAUGCCGAGCUAGGCGAGGAACUGCAAGCUCUUCGCGAUCAGCUGUCGCAGCUCAACUCGCUGAAUCACACAGAUUAUGCUGAGGGCUAUGGGCUGGGUGAUAUGAACAUUCAUCAAUCCCAGGACCAGACAUCCGCCAGCUUUGCUCAGCUUCAGGAGCGUGCGCGUCAUUUGCUAACUUCGCCGACGAAGCAGUCGGCACAAGAUCCGGGGAAUGCCACCGUUGCAUUGUUGCAGAUGAUUGAGGACUUUUGCCGUGAGGGUGACAAAGUGGUUGAGUCCGGCAAGAAGGAUCGCAAGGAUCUGCAGUCUCAGAUUGACACCGCUGACAAACAGCUAAAGGCAACGCGGUUGUUCCUGGAAGAACAGGCUGCCGAACGCGAGCAGGAACGCGAGGAAUUUCAGCGUGAGAUCGAGCAGCUUAAAAUGCAGCUACGCGAAAAGGAAAAAGAGCGCAGCUCCUUUGCCAAUGCCUCCGAGGAGUUGAGGGUAGUAAAGGAGAAGCAUUAUGCCCAGCUGGAGUCGCAUCUGCGUGAUGUCAAUCAACAGCUCAGUGAGUCCAACGCAAAGCGCGACAAGUUCGAGGUGGAAUUAAAGGCCUCAAUAGACAAGAUCUUUGUUCUGCGCGAAAUCAUUUCGGAUCUGGAGACGCAGGUGCAGACGAAAGCACUCAAUGAGCAGGUGAUGGAAGAGAAAUCCAAGCAGCUGGAGGAUUAUGUAAAGCUGCAAAUGCGCUCCCAGGAUGCACUACAACAGGAGGUGCACAGCCUCAAGACCGACAUUGGCGAGGGCUACAAAUCACGUAUACGCCAGUUGGAGAAGAAACUGCAGCAAGGAAUGCCCUCUGCGGAGCAGAGCAUUGUCCUUAACCAGGUGGCUGAACAACUGCGUGACAUUGAAACCACCCUAGAUCAGAAGACAAAAACCCUCGAGUCUCUGCACAAUUCCAACACGGCCUCCAACUCAUGUAGUUUAAGCGCCACAGAGGAUGUUUCUGUCCAUGGUGGCAGCAAACAGCCAACGGCAUCUCAUACUGCUGAAGGUUCUCCCUCGUGCCUCCACUCGCUGACCGUCGAAGGUGUCCAGCGCGUGGCCGAGAAGCUGGACAAGCAUACCCGUGUCGAGGAGGCUGCUAUCAAACGCAUACGUGACCUGGAAAUGCAAGUCACUCAGAUGCGAACUGGCUGUGUGGAAUUGCAGCACGAGCGCGACUCGCUGCAGGGGCGCAUUGAUGAGCAGACGCAACGUAUUUCCGCCUUGAACAAGCGGCUGGAGGAGCAGCGUCAGCGGGCAGAGGAACUGCAUCGUGUAGGCACCUCAGAUCUGAACAAACGUGUCCAUGAGCUGCAGUGCGAGUUGCGUGAUCUAAAUGAGCAAUUGACCGCACGGGAUAAACAAAUGGCCACAAUGCAACAGCAGCUGCAGCGCAGCAAGGAGGAAAUUGCGCGCCUCGAAUCGGAUUUGGCACAACGUAGUCAGCCAGAUCGCAGCCAUAUUGAGCGUCUGGAGGCAGAUGUGCAGCUAAAGAACAACGAACUGCAGAAGCUAAGGGAAAAGAUGCGCACCGAAAUGGUUAAUCGUCUAUCGUUGCCCGAUUUGAUGGACACCAUGUUGGCGGACAAAAACGAUGAGAUUGAUCAUCUGCAGCAGCAAUUGGCGGCCCGGGAACGCGAGCUGCAGGCCGUCAAGGAGAUGAGUCAGGUAUCCUCGCCUGCUGGCGGCAGACAGGAUGCGAGCACCAAGCACAGCGCACGCACACUCAGCGACAUUGGCUCGAUUACCGAGUUCCCCGAGCCGGAAGUCGAUCGUCGAGCCGCAGUGCACAGUCUCAAUGCUCCGCUGCAGCUGCCCGAGGACGAGGGCGGUUUCCUGCAUCAGACAAUGGAUACCUCCAAGGAAGCCGUCGCCAAUCUCACGUACAAACGCACCGACGACCUAAGUGGUUUUGUGGUGGCACGUCCAGUCAACACCUUUGAGCAUCCACACUAUUUCCAGGACCAAAAUGCUUUGGGUUUGACGGCGCAAAGCAGCAGUGGACUGACGCCUGAAUUGGUGCCAAGACAAAUCAAUUUCUCGAACCUAACCGAAGAUUCCAAACUGAAGACGCCGGGUCUAAUGAUGCAGACACCGGACAUGCCCAAGGCAGUGGCCUCGCCAGAGCUACAGCAAUUGAGACAGAAGCUAAGUGCUUUAGAAAGAGAAAAGCAGCAGCAGAAAAGCGAAAUGGAGCGCAAUCUAGAACAACUACAAGCGCAACUUGCACGUGAAAAGGAACAACUGCAACGGCAUCAAAAGCUGCUGCGUGAUCAUGAAGAAAGUGAAGAGAAGUAUCGAUUACGCAUCGAUUCACUGGAGAGCAAGCUGCUCGAAUCGGUUGCCCAGGAGGCUGCGGAGCGAGAUAAUCUGCGCAGGGAAAUCAAUUGCAUCAGCGCAGCGCAUGCACAGUGCGAGCAGCGGCAUCUGGAUACGACAGCAGCCCGCAAGCGUGAAGUGGAGACACUUAAUGCAGAGAUCAAGGCGAAGACGGAGCGUAACAAGGAGUUGGCAGCUCGCUUGCAAGCAACCCAACUGCGCAGCGAGGAGCUGCAACAGCAGGUGAAUGCCUUGGAACGGGAACUGGAGCGACUGAAGAACAGUGAGCACAGCUCCAAGCAAUAUUCCGUGGAUGAGAUUGCACAGCAGGUGGAAAAGGAGCUGAACUACUCGGCGCAACUCGACUCCAACAUAUUGAGAGCCAUCGAAAGCGAGGAAGAGAACAAUUUGGAUAAGAAACUGCACCAGAAGGAGGUGCAAACAGAUGCUGAAACCUCACCUAAUAAUGGCAAUGGACAUGGUACCGAUGACGAAAACUUUACCGGCGAACGUGAGCUGCUGAAUCAGCUGGAGGCAGUCAGAGCUCAGUUGCUUGUGGAGCGCGAUCAAACCGAUAAGUUGAGCAAGGAGUUGCUGGGCGAGAAGCAGCACUCGCAGGAAAUUCAAGAGCAGGAUGUGCUCAUCAUUGAGGCUAUGCGUAAGCGCCUAGAAGCCGUGCUUGAUGCCGAGGACGAGUUGCACAAACAGCUGGACAUGGAACGUGAACGCUGCGAGCGAUUGCAGACGCAGCUAACCGCCAUUCAACGUGCCGAGAGUCGGCGCAACAGUCUUAUGCUUAAAUCCCCCACGGAAUCGCCACGCAAAUCGCCGCGAGCUGACUUCGAAUCGGAGCUGUGCGACAGACUGCGCAGCGAACUGAAGCUGUUAACGGCUCAGAAUGAGCGCGAACGUGAAAGAUCUGCGGAUGCUCAAAGGAAUAGCGAACGCGAGCGACAGCGUUAUGAGAAGGAGCUGCAGGAACGCGUUGCCUACUGCGAACGUCUCAAGCAGGAGAUGGAGAAGCUGGCGCGAGACAAAGAAUCCGCCGAGCUGGAACUCGAGCAUUUCAACGAGCGUCUCACGUUGCAGGCGAAUGAAAUACAGAGCCUGGAGACGCGCAUGGUCACACUGCAGGAGACGGAGACACGUCGAGCAACCACACGCUCGCGACAGCAUCAGGAACAGGCCAAACUGCAGGCCGAGAUUCAUGAGCUGAAGUCUAAGUUGAUAGCAGCCGAAACCACACGCGAGAGCCUCGAGCAGAAGAUCAACCAGCUGCGGUUCGAUGUGACGCGCUCUGCGCAACGCGAGUCCAAGUUGAGCGAGGCCUUGGCGCAUGCCAACGAUCGUCUGGCGCAUAGCACUGAGGACACCGUGCCUGUGCAGUUUAUGCAGAAGAUGAAAGAGAUCAAUACGUUGCUGGAGGAGAACACACAAGAGAAUCGCCAGAUGGCGGAGACGAUGCAGUAUCUGGUGGGCGAACGCAUUGCGCUGCAAAAGAAGUGCGAGGAACUUAGCGCUGGCAACAACAAUGGUGGCAACGCUCAUGUCACUGAGCUGGAGGAACGCUGUCGGCAGUUGCUCGGUCGCUAUCUGCGUGUCGAGAGUCAUCGCAAGGCGCUGGUGUAUCAGAAGCGUUAUCUCAAGCUGACGCUGGAGGGCUACCAGGCGAGUGAGCAGCUGGCGCUGCAGCAACUGGCGGGCGGAACAAAGCUGGCGACGCCUCCCCGGCUCACCAAGAAGAAGCUGUUCAAGACUGUUGCCUUGGCCAUCAUUGCCAUACAACGCAUCAAGUACAUUGGCCGCAUUUGGCAUACUGGCAAGCGUAUUGUCAGCAAAUCUGUGUUCACAAUCACACAGCAGAGAACUGGACCUGGACCUAAUCUGAACGUGCCGACAUCACCUUUGCCCGUGGCCAAUCAAAACCUCAACAUGCCCACCAAUCCCGGCCUGGCAGGACGUCUUAGUUACGCGCCUCCCUCCCCGUCCCUGGUGCCAGCCGUGAACUUUAGUACCUUGCAGCCCAUUGUGUUGGCCCACGACUACAGCUUACAGACGCCAGCGCUGCUCAACAACAAUCACAUCAACAGCCAGAGCAACAAGCACAGCAACAACAACAACAGCAACCACAACAAUAUUAUCACAAAUAACAAUAACAACGAGCACGCGCUGCCAUCGCUGGCCAGUCUGGACUGGUCGACAGCACAAAAGGCACCAAAGCGCGUGCAAUCGCGGCAUCAUUAACAAUACUACUAGUUGCAGCAAGCAAGCUCAUGAAAGAAUAUUGUAUUUGAAGUAAAUUUAAUCAGACGGAAGACAGCAGCCAUACAUAUAUAUAUGAUAGUUAAUGUACAAGUACAAGUACGAACCAUAAAUUAGUGUUAAUGUUAUAUUCCCGCUAACUGUACGUUUUAAGAUGUUUUGUAGUCCCAACAACAAAUAAUUGUACUAUAAACCUAGUUAAGCUCAAACCAAAACUAUAAACCCCAAACACUUAAAUGUAAUCUUAAUAUUAUAUGUACAUGUUUCGCAGCCUUGUAACAAUUUAAUAUAAUCUUGUAGCAUAGGAGACACCCGGACCUUGUUUCGAUCCCAGUAUUUAUACUUAUUAUUAUUACCUUCUAAAAAAAUACAUUAUUUGUUAAGCCUUUGAUUUGAUUAAGUUUGUUUAAGAAGCCGCCAUGUGUAUUACCAUAAGUUUGUUUAAAUUUUUUUAACACCUAUGCGACUGUUUAAUUAUCUUUUCUUUAAGUUGAUUAAAGCCCAAUUAUGCUCAUUACAACUUUUUGAUUUAAUUUCGUUUAAAUUUUGUUGACAAGGCGUCGAUGCGUGUAAGGGAAAGUGCCUUAAUUGUG